CAGGACAGAAGUUAUAAAACAACAAAAACUGGCUGCUACUGCUACAGACGAAGUGGAAACCCUCACCAUUCAGACUGAACCAAACAUGACAUCUUCUUCCAUGCAGACGAGCAUCACAGAGAGCAGGACUGUGGGCACACAGUGGACAGAUCCCACAUUGUGUGAACAUGAAUACGCAAGACCAUUCCUUGCAGGAUCUAGGAGUUCAGGUACACAAACAACAGUCAUCAAGAUGGAGGAAAAAGGUGUAAACUGCAGCACUCUACACGUACGUCUCAGUGCUGCUGACAUAACAACUAACUCCUUAGCCUUGCUCUACACAGGACUGCCUUUGAAGACUUUUAGAACUCUUUUGCGUGUUAUGGAAAGUUUGAACAAUCCACUGACAUUUACUAUGCCUGUGUCAGAUCAAGUCUUACUAGUUCUUAUUAAAUUAAGGCUUAAUUUACUGUUUGCAGAUAUUGCCAACAGAUUUGGUAUAUCAGAGUCUCAUGCGUGCAACAUUUUUAAUCAAAGACUCUCUUUUAUGGCUUCAAAACUAAAAAACUUAAUAGUUUGGCUUCCACGUGAAACAAUUAGGGCAACCAUGCCAAAGUCAUUUCGUGAGAACUUUCCCAAAACUACAGUCAUCAUUGAUUGUGCAGAAACUUUUAUUCAACGAGCAAAAAACUUGAAGACCAGAGGAGAAACAUAUAGUCACUACAAGUCAAACAACACAGGGAAGUAUUUGGUUGGUAUUGCACCACAUGGUCAGAUUAUGUUCAUAUCUAAGGGCUUUGGAGGAAGGUCUAGUGAUAAAGCAAUAGUGGAAGAAUCUGGGAUUUUAAAUUACCUUCUUCCUGGGGAUGAAAUCAUGGCUGAUCGGGGAUUUACCAUUGAUGACCUACUCUUUCCUCUAAAAGUAAAACUUAACAUUCCAGCUUUUACAAAAGGUAAAGACCAACUUUCAGAAGAGGAUGUUACAGAGACCAGAAGAAUUGCCAUGGUACGGAUUCACGUGGAACGGGCUAUUAGACGAUUAAAGGUGUUCCGCAUAUUGAGUCAGAUUGUUCCAGUUACCUCGGUGAAGAAACUUAGUAAAUACUUGAUUGUUUGUGCUGCAUUGGUUAACUUAAGAUCUGAUCUUAUCAAAGAUGAUGAUGAGUAAAUUGUGUAAUCAGUU